AUGAAGCACCACCCACAGGGAUCCACGGCCGCGUCGGCGGCUGCGGAGGGAUCCCCCGUGGGGGAGCCGGAUGGGGACGCCCUGCGGCGGUGGGUGCUGGCCUUCUGCGUCAUCAGGUUCGACCUGGAGCAGGGGCAGGUGGUGGAGGAGUGCUACCCACCGGGGGAUCUCCCUCCGUCCGAUGAGCUCUGCGUCGCAUUCAGCUCCUUCCCCGAUUCCAUGUCUCACCACCAGCACCGGAGCCGGUCCAGCAUCCACGACUCCAUCUUCUUCUUCCGCAUUCGCUCCGCGUCGGCGUCGACCUCCGGCGGCUUCUUGUACGGGUACGUCUUCAACCGACAGAGGCAGGACGAGCGGCUCAAGCGCGGAGGCGAGCAGAAGUCCGUGGUCAUCCUCUCGCCUCGCCCCUAUUCCAGCGUCUUCCGCCCUCUGCUCCAGAUCCUGGGGCCGCUCUGCUUCGACAUUGGGAAGAGGGCUCUUGAGCUUGUCGCCGCCCACGUCGCCUCUUGGCCGUCCCCAAUACCCGGAAAACUGAUGGAGCUCCCAAUUGGGAGCGCCGUCCUCAAGGUUCACCUUCCCCCCCUGCUCAGUUUCCCGGCGAAUGGCGAUGGGGACGGCGACCGCUGUGAUGGCGAUGAACUGGCGCUUUCAGCAGCCAUGGCUCCUUUCCCCCCCGCGAACCCUUCAAUUCCUCAGGGGCUCUUCCAUGACGCAGACCUCUUUGGGAUAUUUCGAGGAAUUCUCUUGCAGCUCUGGGUGCUAUGGGAGCUCCUAAUUAUUGGGGAGCCUCUCCUCGUGAUAGCGCCCACUCCGCCCCAGUGCUCAGAGGCAGUUGCCGGGCUCGUCAGCCUGGUGGCGCCGCUCCUCUGUAGCAUAGACUACCGGCCAUACUUCACCAUUCAUGAUCCCGACUUCGCUGCCCUCAAUUCACUUCGGGAAGGCGAUGCCUUCCCUCCCAUGGUCCUCGGUGUGACCAAUCUCUUCUUCUUGAAAGCGCUUCAGAAUAUUCCCCACAUUGUUUCAGUGGGCAGUCCAAGCCCCAACUCCGGCAGAUCCCUUCAAGUUGCUGCAAGGCCCUCCUCCACCAAUGGGCCCGGGAAGAACCCUAGAUUUGGUAAACUGAACCUCGAGCAACUGUCUCUGAACAAAUUCUCUCCCACGAACUUGUUGAAUGCUAUGAAACUCAGAAGGGAUGGACCCCUUUCUCUCAUGACGGAACACAAGGAAGCCAUAUGGAGCACAUACUCUGCGACAACCAAGCCUGAUACAUCAGUUCUUAACAGGCUUAUCGAUGCGGGCAUGUCCCCAAGGAUUGAGGAAUCCAUGUCUGUUGUGAAUAAUGAGAUAUUGCGACGACAUUUCUUGGAGCUCACCACCAAUUUCCUUGCUCCCUUUGGGCCCUAUCUGAGGGCCACCAUGCCUUUAGAAGGAAGCUCCCCUUUCGUGGAGCCGCCUGUCCUCCCUCCUUUCCAUGCCGAUGACUUCCUGAAGAGCUUGGCAGAAAGAGGUCCUGGGAAGUUUCUGUCCAAAAGGAUGAGAGCCAACUGGUUGGACCUAUAUAGGUAAUCUUUGUUCCAUAGGUGAUUUUGAGCCUAUCAUGAUUUUCACUUUAUGUUGCAGCAAUGCCCAUCUUUAAUUUUUCUGAUUUCAAUCGACUAAUACCUUUUUUUUCUCCCAGAUGUUUCUUAAGGGGCCGCAACUUUAUGCCAUGGUUCCAGAGAAGGCGUGUUAUUGCAGAACUGGAGCAGCAGAGGUUAUGGCGACAGGCGAGGAUGAAUGCAGAUAUGAAGAAGUUGAUCCUGAAAAUGUCGGAAUUAGAAGUUGUUGAUUCUUUCAAUGCUAUUGAGCGCCAUUUGCUUCGAGAGAUGCAGGUAAAUUUUCAUUUUAUUUCAGUAUUUUUCCGUUUUUAGUACUCCAGAACACCUGAAAUGGAAAAAAUAGUUCAUUUCACAGUGCUAAACUCUUCUCUCCCUUCUUUUUUUUUUGCCUCAAUCAAUGACUCCCCACAACUUUUCCUUGUUCUAUGUGCUUCUAAAUUGUUAACUAUGAAUGAUUACUGCAUUAUUUGAUUAAUGUCCCCUUCUUCCUGAAUGUAGAAGAAGUUGCUAUGUUUUCUUAGUGUUGAUAUUGUAACUUCUACAUGCUUAUCUUGAUUGACUGGCAUGCCGAGUGAACAAAAAACAUCGAUCACUCCAGUCCCUUGCGGAUUCAGGCAAUGGAUGAACUUAAAGGCAUAUAUCUGAACAAUCUUCAGGCAUGUGACUACAGUCCGAGUGUGUAGAUCAAAAUUUCUUCAUGAACUGGUCAAUCUGACAGAAGCUUGAUUAAUUUCAUUGCCUACUUAGAGUUGGGUGGAUUUCUGGAGAAUUUCGCUGUCGGAGAUUAUGUUAAUCGAAUCCGUAACAUGGAGAGUGUGGUUUGAAUGAUCCCUUCUCAUUCUUUUGACCUGGAAUUUGAAUCUUUAAGUGUUGUUAGACGAUCCUAUGCUUGGUGCGGGAUAAUAUCCAGCUCAGGAUCACAUAUGGCUAUCUUUUGCUUUUGUGGGAAUUCAAACUAAAAUAAGGAUUUGGCGUGCUUUGCAUGAGCUCAAGGCCUUAUGAGAAGUGUCUCUAGGAUUAAAUCUGUUUUCCAAGGUGUGAUUUUUCUUAUAACUCUUCGCCUGACUUGGGAUGAGGCUUUUAGACUAUUUUCCAUAUUCACCCUGAGCUAGUUGUGGUGGUGAACAUUAAUUUUGGUCCUACCUUUGCUUAGUGCGAAGAGAAAAAGGGUGAGGCCACGGAAUAACUUUUUAUUCUACUCCCCACCCCCUAAUGUAAAAAAGGUGGAAGAGACUAGAAAUUCUCAAUUUCUUUCUUACUGGAAUAGUGGUCAAUCAGCAUCUCCGUUUGGCCUUGAAACAGGAAAGUUGAGUCCUUUUGCGUUUAAUGAAAACCCUUCAAUCUGAGGAGAAGAAUUACUUUGCCCCAAGCUGUACGAAGAGCAAUCCUUGGAUUGGUGGUGUUUGUUUGGUGUUACUCGUUACUUGCUUUCAAAUUUUAUUUGGGUUGGCAUCUGACAAAGAAAUAGCACGGCAAAUUAAGACAACUGACGAAGGCAAAUAAGAAGGUUUCUUUGUAACGGUGAAAGGGUAAAGUGAGCUUAUGUUGAUGCUCGUCAUCUAAGAAAUACUGACGUAUUAACCUCUGUUUUCUAGAAGUAAAUCGCCAAAAAAAUUGAGCGCUUAUUUGAGAUGCAGUAGAUUUUACGUGCAAUAGAAGGAAUGCUGUAACAGAGGUGGGUGAACCCUCAUAGAUAUCCACUGCCCACACAUAUAGAGUCAAAAGAUAUAUGGACUCCAAUGGAGAGGGGGGUUUUCUCUGGGGCUUGAGAGAUGGAAUAGAUGGGGCCUAAAAAGUGUAUAGUCCCCAGAUAGUAUUAUCAACUGUUUGCUUUUUUUGGGAGACCAAUGAUGCAUUUGGAUAUAACAAUGCUAACUACCCACAAGACCAUUUGUAUAGCCACAGAGUCAACCUUGGAUUUUCCGCUAAAGGGCAUGCUUUGCUUUCCUUGUUCCAGCCAUGAAGGGUGUAGGUGGUUUAUUAAGGUCAAGAGGAUAGUAGGAUUAUGAUCUCUUGUCAAAUUCUACUUUCAUCUGAAAUGGAAUUUCUUUAUGAAUAUCUUAUUCCAUUUUCUGCUGUUUAUAAUUUAACUAAUUUUGAAUUUGUCACUUAAUGUUCCUGAAAGACGUGGUCUGAAAGUAGAUUGUAUUCUUCGUUGAUAUUGGAUAUUAAGCCAGUCAUACUUGAAUCCUAAUACUCUUGCUUAUUGUUAAAAUAUACAUUUGCUUUCCUGUAGUCUGUUUUUUAUAAUUUUGGCGGGGGGAACCAUUUGAAAAUGCUUUUCUUAAAUUUAAAUGCAUUUAGCCUCCUGGCUUUCAAAGUUUUCUUGGUUGUUGCCUCUGUAGCGGCUAGUUGAGCCACCAUUUUAAAGCCCCUUUCUGUGAAAGGGCUUUUCAAUAACCGUGAAUCACUUUUGAGUGAGAUUCAGCAGUCCUCUGUCAGCACUUUGAUAUAUUGGCGAAGCUGUGACUGACAACCGAAAGGUAGGUUGGAACCCAGGGUAGGAUGGCAGAGAAAAGAGAAUACCUGUGGAGAGAUUGUUCCGAGGAACCCACAGGGGUGUUUGAUGCAAGUGACGAUUGGGUCGCUUUCACAGUUCUUGUUCCUGCUGCUACUUUGAAAGGGCUGGAUAGAUAUCUGCUCAUUUCUCAGUUGAAUGGUAAGGGUCGAGCUUUGCAGAGUCUGUCCUUCCAGCCCUUGUAUGCAGUUCUGAGCUCAACUGAUCCAUAAGAUGUAGCCAUUAAAGGAAGUGUCCCUUAAACUCCAGGUUGUUUUUGGUAAUCAGGUUUGUGAAUGAAUUUAGCAUGUUUUGGCUUCCAAAAACAAAAUGGAAAAACAAUGUGGAAUGUAAGUUCUACUUUCCCAGCCCCCCAAAUUUAUGCUUGCGGGAACACUGAUAGCAAUUGACAUCUGAUCUCCUCUUCUGACUGGAAAGCGGGCUGUUUUUUCUGUAGUGGCUCGUAUUUUGAGAUUUCUCUCAUUUGUCAAAGGCUCCUGGGAGGCAACCACCAUUUGUAGAUUUGGGAAGAAAAUGAGUGGAGAAAGCCAACUUGGCCAGUUGUCCAUUAUCCCUUCAAAGUACCAAGUUACCUCAUUCUGUCUCCCUGCCAAAGCUUCCCCCAACGAUGAAUUCCUAUAACCUUUUUAAGAGGUGAGCACCUUCAUGGGAGUCCAUCAUCCUACACCCAGUGGUGUCUGGGCUACUUCCUUCCGUUGGUGAUGUCUGCCCGAUUCCGGUUUGGCCAGAAUUCAGAAUCCUUGGCUACCUUAAAAGUAAGGGCUUUCUUAGACAUAUGGACCAAACAUAAUACGUGCAACAAGUUCGUUGUAAUGCCCACUUAGUAUAGUAAAGUAACCUCGUUUGUGAAGGUUGGUAUCCCCAUUAAUUUGUGGUUCCAGAUGAUGGUUGGUCACCUUCAUAACAAAGGAUCCCUUUGUCCUACGGGAAGGACGUUUGAGUUAUACACUCCUCUCCUACAACAGUAGGCUCAACUUGUUUGAGAAGACCGAAGUCCAAUCAGUUUAUGGUCAAUUAUUUCUCAGAUUCUGACCUCCCUGCACCUGACCACCAUUACUUUUGUAGCCAUGGUGGUAAUUGUGUCUUCCACUUCCUUAACGCACUGAUCCCAUUGUCCAUCAUGAAUGGUUUUGAGUUGGGGAACUUAAUCCAGUGCCAUUCAAUGUUUUCCUUGCCUGCCUCUCCUCUUCUCAUUUCUUCAUUAUCAUAAGCAUCAACACGUUCAUCGUAUUCAUUCCCUUGACUAUAUUUUGUUUCCCUUGCCUGCCUCUCUUGCUUGCUAGCCCUGGUGCUAAACUGUCUGCAUUUUCUCCAUGGAAGGGAUAUCUAGAGAUACUGGUUGUGCCUGGUAUGAUGGUUUUCUUUCUUUGGUGACUAAUUUUUCUUCAUCAUCUUGUCAACCCACCAUUUACCGCAUCUAUGGCAUUGAACUGUAUUUUUGUAUUCUCUGGCCUUUAAGGUGAGUUGAGCAUUGAUUAACUUUGAUCAUAUGAAAUGCCACCGUCAUAGCCUUAUUGGCGUUCCUCAGCUAAGUCUCCCUUUCUCUAUUCUUACUACUGUUGAGGGAAUAUCCCCGCUUAACUUCCCUUCCUUCAGGAUAUCUAGAUUGUAACUGUGGUUGCUACCAUGCCUGUUGACGAAGGAAGGCGUUUGAUUGGUGGGGAUAUUACUUCCUCGCAUGCCAUUCUCUUCUUUCUGCUUAACAGCUUGGAGAAGAAACCACAGGGUCUCCAUGUACGAAGAAACAAUUUCGCACAGAUUUGUAGCAAUUCAAAUGUAGAUUAACCUAACCAGUGUUUUUAAACGAGUGAUACCCAAGGCAAAUACCUAUCGUUACAAUGGGAGGCAUAAAUCAGCUUAUCUUCAAACAAAAAAGCGACUGAAGUGUAAAUAGAUUCCUUUCCUUGUUCGGGACUGUUAUUAAAAAACAUUGUGAAUCAUAAGAUAGAGAUCACCAUGCAGGAAAUAAAUCACCUCCUCUCCAUACAAAAGUCUUACUGUAGUGUGUAAAGAUUCGUUUCGUUGCUGUGGACUGUCAUUUAAAAAUAUUGCGUCGUGUGAGGUAGAGAUCUGCCUAUCUUGUAACUAUAGCUUGGAUGAAUUAAUAGCAAAACUUGUAAUAAGUUAAUGGAAAUUUCUAAAAAUGAAAGCAGCAGAAUCAAUGCAUUCUCCAUUCAGUUUUUCCAAGCUGAAAAUGUAAUAGAAGAAACCCACAUACAACAUGAAGACCUAGAUCACUUGCAUGUUUAGAAGAGGUGUAUUGAAGAAAACAAUGACUAGGAAGAAAAAGGACCAAACUAAGGAAUUUCACCCUAUUCUUUUUUUAGACUUGCCACAUGAAAGAAUAAACUAUGAUCUUUCUGGGUUAGCUUGAUCCAUAGCAUGGUAACAAUCAAGAAAAUUGAAAGCAGACAAAGGCAUCAUAUACACUUUUUUUUACUAAAUACAAGCCUUACACUAGCUUUGCUGAAUAAGAUGCUUCAUUUUCAGGCCUGCGUGACCUUUUGGAGAGCAAAGUUUUAUUAAAUUUCUAAGUCUGAUUCCACUGUUUACUUGCUGUGUGCUAUUUUCCCAUGUCAGCAAGUGCUAUUUUCCUUUAUUUCUCAUUUAAUUUAUUUUAAGGAAAGAGUUUCGAAUGGAUUUGGACAAAUUUUUCUUGAUUAUGAAUCUUAUCAAGUCACAAGCUUGUUUGAGAAAUGAGUAAUUCAUGCUUUAUUAAAAAUAAAUACAACUUCAGACCCAUCUCCCUCAGAUUGUUUAGGCUAUAGGUUUCUAUCCUUCCAAACUGUCUUCAGAUUCUCUUAGGGAUGCUCUUCCAUGCUUGCAUAAGGCUCGCAUAAAAAUUUCCUAGUCACACAGGCCAACACUUUGGGAAGAUGUUAUGAAGAUUGAGGUUGCAGCCCAACUUUGACCCCUUCAUGCUUAUCAAAGUUGACUCCAUCCCUUAUUUAUUGUCACUGUCACUAUUGGGUCCACUGCUGACCAUAAAGUUGUCUCAUUUUUCCAUCGGAUCUGACUACUGUAGUGUCUAUGCCAUAAAGUUUGGAACAGCACUUAAAGCUGUUACUGACGGUUAUUUCUAUCGGUUGGCACUUUGAGGCAGUUGUUGACACUUGUUGCAAUAAAAAUCAGCAACUUUAAGAAAUUAUCAUUUUUUGUUGACAUCUGGACACAAGUAUCAAGCCUGUGAAUAUCAUCCUCAUCUGUGAAAUGGUUAGCACUUAAUGAUCUACUAUAUUUUAGAAGAGUUUUGACACCUUCAGAAGUGAAAGAUGAGCAUUUUAUUCCCUGCUUGAAGAAUUCGUGGUCGAAUACCUUUCAUGCGAGUUCAUGUUAUCAAAAUUUUGUUUCAUGGAAGUUUAACUAUAUGAAUAUCGAUUUAAUACAAAUCUUAUUCAAAUUAUGUAUAUGGACUUGCUGUAUUCCUAUUUGACUACUAUCCCGAUUUGUUGUAUUUUUCUAGAAUUUAAAUGACGAACCCCAAUGGAUGCGAUGGGUGCCCCUGCUUUCUAUGCUGUGUUUUUGUUUGCGAGAUAUUGCGUUAAAUCAUUUUUCUCUAUUUGACUUGAUCAAUCACGUGCCAUAUUUUAGAAAAUUUCCAUCUUCCUCAACAAUCUUCAUUGAAAUGUCCUCUUAAAAUAAAAUCCAGAAAAUGAUUGUAUUGCAUGGCAUAUUGAUGAUGAUCUUACCCUGUAAUUGUGAGUUUAACAUCUAAUAAAAUCCUUGAAAGUGGGCUUAAACUCUUAAGUUCAUGCCUGAACUUAUCUGGCAUUAAUUUCCUGUUUUAGUUGGAGCAGUCUGGAAGAGGGGGUGUAGACUCCGCUCAAGCAUGCCAAAAGCUCAAGGGGGAUCUGGAGGCAGUGUUCAAUGUACUUCCAAAGGACACACAACAGCUUUUACUUUCCCACCCGCAAAGGGCAUCUCUCCUUGGAGUUGGCCUUUGA